AUGAACAGGCACGAUAACGUUAAUCAGACUACUGUAUUGGAUCUGAGGAUGGUUUAUUACCUGAUUCGGCCUAGCGAUUUCACCUACUCCGCGACAUGCUUGAACUACGUUCUGGCCUGCUCGGUGCGCGACAUACGUAACCAUGGUGCUCUCGUUUAUACUGAUACAAAACAGACAAGGAAAGACGAGACUGGCAAAAUGGAUGAGGAAAAGGUAAAACUCAAGGGCGAGGUCCACCGCCUCAUUGCUCCGCGCGACCAAAAGCAUCAGUCCAACUUUGUCGAAUUUCGGCAACGCUCCAAGAUCGUGUACAGGCGAUACGCCGGCCUCUUCUUCUGCGCAUGCGUAGACACAAACGACAACGAGCUCGCAUACCUAGAGGCCAUACAUUUCUUCGUCGAGGUCCUGGACGCCUUCUUCGGCAACGUGUGCGAGCUGGACUUGGUGUUCAACUUCUACAAGGUGUAUGCGAUCCUGGACGAGGUGUUUUUGGCGGGGGAGAUUGAGGAGACGAGCAAGCAGGUCGUUUUGACGAGGCUGGAACACUUGGACAGGCUGGAUUGA